AUGGUUCGGAAAGACGUGGUGUCAGUAACAAUGUAGCUGUGCGAUUUUUACGUCAGGAGAAUACUUUAAAUUUAUAUAAUGUACAUGAUACUUUCUCAUCCUAAAGAAUGGAUGCAAGUUAACAAUGACUGGAGAGAAGAAGAAGAAGAAGCGGCUGAACCGCAGUAUUCUUCUUGCUAAGAAAAUAAUAAUAAAAGAUGGAGGAAAUGCUCAGGGGAUCGGGGAGCCCAGCGUUUACCAUGCUGUGGUGGUCAUCUUCCUGGAGUUCUUUGCCUGGGGUCUGCUCACCACGCCCAUGCUCACGGUGCUGCACCAGACUUUCCCACAGCACACCUUCCUGAUGAAUGGCCUCAUUCAGGGCGUUAAGGGUCUGCUCUCUUUCCUGAGCGCCCCCCUCAUUGGCGCGCUGUCUGACGUCUGGGGCCGAAAGUCCUUCCUGCUGCUGACGGUGUUCUUCACGUGUGCGCCCAUCCCCCUCAUGAAGAUCAGCCCAUGGUGGUACUUCGCCGUCAUCUCGAUGUCGGGGGUCUUUGCCGUCACCUUCUCUGUGAUCUUCGCCUACGUGGCUGACAUCACGCAGGAGCACGAACGGAGCACGGCCUACGGACUGGUGUCAGCUACCUUUGCCGCAAGCCUGGUGACAAGCCCUGCGAUUGGUGCCUACCUGUCGCAGGCGUAUGGCGACACACUGGUGGUGGUGCUGGCCACAGCCGUGGCCCUGCUGGACGUGUGCUUUAUCCUGGUGGCCGUCCCCGAGUCGCUGCCUGAGAAGAUGAGGCCGGCAUCCUGGGGGGCUCCCAUCUCCUGGGAGCAAGCGGACCCUUUUGCUUCUCUAUGCAAGGUUGGCCAAGACUCCACGGUCCUGCUCAUCUGUAUCACCGUGUUUCUCUCCUACCUUCCUGAGGCUGGCCAGUACUCCAGCUUCUUCCUCUAUCUCAGACAGGUGAUAGGAUUCACUUCAGAGACGGUUGCAGCAUUCAUAGCUGUGGUGGGAAUCCUCUCCAUCCUGGCUCAGACGGUGGUCCUCGGUGUCUUGAUGCGCUCCAUUGGGAACAAGAACACCAUCCUGCUGGGUUUGGGAUUCCAGAUCCUGCAGCUGGCCUGGUAUGGCUUCGGCUCACAGCCCUGGAUGAUGUGGGCAGCUGGGGCUGUGGCAGCCAUGUCCAGCAUCACGUUCCCGGCCAUCAGCGCCAUUGUGUCCCGCAACGCUGACCCCGACCAGCAGGGUGUGGUGCAGGGCAUGAUCACAGGCAUCCGGGGCCUGUGCAACGGGCUGGGGCCUGCACUCUAUGGCUUCGUCUUCUACCUGUUCCAUGUGGAGCUGAGGGACAUGGACUCUGCGGCGAGCCCAGAGAAGGGCCCCAAAGCCAACAUGGCAAACCCAACUGACGAGAGUACAAUCAUCCCUGGCCCUCCCUUCCUGUUUGGAGCAUGUUCCGUGCUGCUGUCCCUGCUGGUGGCCCUUUUCAUCCCUGAGCACAGUGGCCUCAGUCUGCGACCCGCCGGCUACAAGAAACACAGCAAUGGCGCCCAGAGCCAGGGCCACAGCCCUCAGGCCGCGAGCAUGGAGGGGAAAGAGCCACUCCUGGAGGACAGCAGCGUGUAGCGAGAGCUGCUCCCAGGGGCUUGUCUCUCAACGCUCCCCGCAGGCAGAGAGGUUUGGGGGAGCGAACACACCAGCGGGUUGGUCCUGCUCUCCGUCGCUGCCACUGCCACACGGGGCACAAAGUGAUGCGUGAGGCCUUGGCGCACACCGGAGCUCACGCAGCUCUAGGAUUGACUGAUGACUGUAAUUAUUAAUAAGUUGUGAUUGUUUCCUUUCCAUUAUAGUUUUAGUGGCCGAAGCGGAAAGGAUGACGUCACUGUUUUGAGCUGCUGUUUGCAGGCUAAUCUGGGCAUUUUGCUGCUGUGUGUGUGUGUGUGUGUGUGUGUGUGUUUCUAACUGCAGAAGACAGGAUGACCCCCCCCCACAGCUUGUAUCCGCAGAUCCUAAUCACUCGGUAACACUCAGCUGCUGGAGGCCAGCAGGAGGCGGGCCAAACCCAGGAAGCUCCGUCGAGCGGAGUGCCAUGCCCCUUGUGGUCUUUCCCUCUCCGUGUGAGUGUGGGCUGCCAGAAACAUGUCCUCAUUAGCGGGUUGUACUGGGGGGGGGGUCUGCUCUCUCUCAGAACCCUGGAUGGCAUGUUCUGGUUUAAGGAGAGGCAGCCCUGCUGUUCCUGAAUGAAGAAUCUCGCUUCUGAGGAGGUCCAGCAUAUCGCUCCCGUCAGAGUGCCUCCGCGUCUCCUCGUCCCCUUCGUUGCCCGUCUUCCCUUUGUUUGAUCUUCUGUUCCCAGGUGUCCUCUGCAUUUCACCACAGAUAGUUGGAAUGAGCAGUUGGAACUGCGUUCUUCCACUUGUGCUGCAGCUGCUGCUUGCUGUGUUGUCGUCAGACUCUGUGGGGGUGAUUGGUACGACUCGCUGUGCUCAUUGCUGUCAUAGUUUACACCAUUAACCAUGUAGACUUUUUCUACAGCCCAGGUCUGCAGGUGCACCACGGUACCAGGGUGUCGUCCAUGUGUCUUUAUUUCAAUAAAGAUAGAACUGUUUUUAAGAUGUCCAGAUGUGCGUUUUAACACAUUUUACGCUGCGACGGCUUGCAUAUGUUAUGUCAUACAUGCAUUGAGAGACGCGGUGCACCUGGGGGGGCUACAGGACAGGACGCCCUUAGUGCCACAGCGCAUUUCACAUGGACUCGUUUGAGUGCCAUUUCUGGAUGAAUGGGGACUUGGGACGGUCUCCUCUCUGCUCUGCCUUCUUGCUCUGUGUGCUGCUGAGUUCCACCUGAUGACUGAUGUCUGCUCACAGAUGAUCGUCCAUCAUCUAUUGUGACAUCUCUUGUUUCUGAUGAAGGGAACCUGCUGCUCUUGGUUUGGAUGCCAUUACUGGGCCCUUUGCUCUCCUGUUGGGAUCCUCUGUAUUUUUGUGCCUGUGAAAAGAGGUGGUGUCUGUUAGUGUAGUGGUUACAGCAACUGCUUUUGGCUUCUGAGGCUGCAGGUUCUAUCCCACCUCCAGCUGUAGUACCCUUGAGCAAGGUACUUACCCAAAAUUGCUCCAGUAAAAUUACC